AUGCCAGGCGGAUUCUGCCAGUCGUGUGACUGCCAUCCAGACGGCUCACUGAACGGCGCUUGCAAUCCACUCACUGGCCAAUGCGAAUGUCGUGUCGGAGUGACUGGAAGAGACUGCAGUCGUUGCCAGCAUCGUCACGCUUUCAUUGGAGGAGUUUGCACCUCUUGUGAUCAAGGCUGUUAUCUACCGCUGAUGACCAUGGUUGAUGAGUUAGAGAUGACGUUGGCCAAUCAGAACUUCACUACUCUGCGCCCAAUCCCAUGGAAACGACUUUCCCGAAUCGGAAAUAACACCGAAUUGAUGUUCGAGUUCAUGAGAGGACUGGACGAAGGCGACGGCGAAGUGGGCGGAAUCGUCAGGGACAGCAAAUAUGCCAAAGAAGCAUUUGCAGUUGUUGAAGGGGCUCGCUUCCAAAUGGAACGAAUGACCAAAGGCGUCACAUCGUUGGAACAAUUCACCGCUUUGGCCGAGAAACUGAUUCUGGACGCUCAGCUCACUUAUAGCAACGCAUUCAACACAACUCAAUUCCUCAAGCACUUCCACAUGUACGGUGGGACCACCGUAGGUGGAGCGACAUUGGACGCAUGGGUUCGCGAAUCCGAAGCUCAUUACAAUGCCACCCUCGAUCGUGGCGAGUACAUCGAGAAGAGAUUGAAUCGUGCUGAACAGGAACACAAGAAAAACGAGGAGUUGCUGAAGAGGGUAUUUGCCAAUAAGCUGAAUGAUACGUCUUUUGAGAAUAUCCAAGAUCGACUGGAUGAAUUUGACCAGUGGCUAGAGGACUACAGGGCUACCAUCUACGACAGCGCCAGACGAGAUACCGCUGAGGCGGAACGGAUGAGCAAUGUUGUCGCCAAACGCAUCGAUCGAUACAAGGAAGUUAGCAACGAAAUCGAAAAACUCCGCGCUGAGGCUGAAGAUGAUCUGGCUGCAGCUCGAAAUUCCGUCGAUAAUGCCAAAGGAAAGGAACUACUGAAUAUGUUUGAUGACAGUCGCGCCAUGAACGAGACGUUAGAACCUGCUGCUGAAGCUUCGUCGGAAUGUCGGAACAUAUCCAUGAUGUACGCUCAACUUAUCGAUGAAUACGACGAAGUGUUUGUCCAAAAAGCAGCGACACAUGCGGAAAUGUUGGAAAAAGCCGCAGAUGUGUUGAAGGACUCAUUCAAGGACACCAAGCUUGAGGCAGAGAACCCCUUGAAAGCUUCUCAUGCUUACGAGGAAAUCGCUGACGCCCUCAAGAAUGCUACUAAAGCUGCUGAUGACGCUCUGAAAGCUGCCAAAGAAGCCCAUGCUGAUGCCGAUGGAGAUCCAGAAAAGUCGCUGUUGAAACGGGUUGGAGAGUCGAAGAAAGCCAGUGAAGCACUUGCCGAAGGUGAGUGGCUAGUCCCAUGGCUCAUCAGUUGA